GGCACAAAUCGAUUACUUUUCAUCUGCUCAAAAAUGCGAGCCAUUUUUCUUUUGUACGUAUUUUGUGCAAUCGCUAAAGCUGAACAUAUUACGUUCGGUUACGCGUCGUCCAUUGCGGUCUACAAGAAAAGCGCAUAUCUUGCUCUUCCUCGCAGUUCUUGCUACAAUGAUCCGUUGGGUCCUACCCUUCUGGAAGUGCAAUGGAAUGCCGACAAUUCCCAGCUGAAUUCGGAGCGCAAAUCCUUCUUCGGUCAGACUUGGGGGAAGUGCAGUCAAUUGCAAAGUGCAAUCUCGCUGGACGUCAACAAUCGGAAAAGUCGGCUUUGGGUGUUGGACCAGGGGAACGACCAUUGCCCGCCAAAGGUCGUCGUUUACGGUUUGCCCUCAAAUAUGGAGUUGGCGAAAUGGACACUUGGCAAUUUUGGACCGGACGAGCUAAGUAUGCUGAUUCUUGACGUUUCAGACGAGUAUGGGACACUCUGUUACGUUGGCAACAAUCGGUUUGAUAAAUUAACAGUUGUUUCUUAUGAUCACCGCAAGUGGUGGGAGGUGAGUAUUCUUGGUGGUGUAGUUCCGGAACGAAUCGCCAUCUCCGUCUUCGACACUAAACUGUACGUAACAAGAGAUCGUGAUGAUGCUCUUUUCGCGUUGAAUUUGACUGAAGUGCGCCAGACUAAGAUGAAUCAAUCAGUGUCUUCAUAUUAUGUGGGUCAGAAACUGGGACCUUCCACUGGUUUGGUUACCGAUAUCGCAGGUGGACUAAAUUAUUAUUUAACACGAGAUUAUGCCGUGUUGCGAUGGUUAAUUACUAAACCUUUAUCAGCCGAAAACCACGAGGUUCUGCUGCAAUCUCACGACAGACUUCCACAUGUAGCCGAACUAUUCAAUGAUCCGCAGUACAACUUAUGGGCUUUGGUUAACACAGUAUCCAAUCAAGAUUGCCAUUCGGAAAAUAAAAGACACAAUUUUAGUUCCCAGCAUUUACGUUUGGAAACUGGACUGAGUGUGGUUCGACUGUCAAAGUUUGUAAGGUUGGGGUUGCGGAAAAAGUUGUUCGUGGCAGGAUAUUACUAAAAGAUAAUAUUUUC